AUGAAACGAAAAAAAACUAUUGUUACUGAUCGAAAUAAAUUACUUCGAAAAAAUCGUAAUGAUGAAUUUCGACCAAUUAUGAUUAAUCAAUUUUUUCUCUCAGCAAUGAAUAAUGAUAAUAUUAUGUUAAGUGAACUUUAUGAUAAAAUGAAUAUAUCAUCAACAAUAAUUAAAACAGUUAAAUCUGAUUCAAAUGAUAUUUUAUCAUCGAGUCUCAAUUCAAAUGAUUUCGUUUGUGAUCCAUUGUAUAUUGAUACAAUUAAUUCAGCAAUAGCAUCAAAUGAUAAUGAUAUCUCACCAUCGUCUGAUAUGAAUACAACAAUUAAAUCUAGUCAAUUAUUAACUCCAACUAGUCUUGCAUCAUCUUCAACAAUCAAUUUAACCAGUACACCAAUACGAUCUCGUACAAACAGUAUAUCAAGUAAUUCAAGCAUUUUAAUUAAUGCUGCUAAUCUUCUUCUUGAUACACCAAAUGAAUAUUCUUAUCUUGAUUCAACCAAAGUCAAUGCAUUUAUUAAUGAAAAUAAUACAAAUACGAAAGUUGAUGAUGUAAUACCAUCACCAACAAAAUUAAUUCGUAAACGAAGAUUAACUAUUGAAUAUCCAUUUCCAUUUCUUGUUGAACAAGCUAAAAAACAACGAAUGACACCAAAAAAACUUCAAGAUGAAUUAUCGAAACAUCGACCACUAUCACCUGAAUAUCAUUAUUCACCAUUUGAUAAUUCAAUAGAUUUACCAAAUGAUAAUUUCAAUGAUUUAACAUUAUCAUCCAAUUCUUUAAUUGUAUCAAAACGACAACAUGCAAUUGAUUUUCGUCAUUUACAAACAAAUAUGCAAAAAAUUAUAUUUAAACAAUUUGAAACUGAUAAGAAUCUAUUUUUUAGUGAAAUUUAUUCAAAUAUUCAUCAUGAUGAUAAUCAAUCGUCAAUCUCAUCAUCCGAUAUUGGAAUUUGUUUUGCUGCUUUACUUAAUAAUGCUGUACGAUAUCAAUUUCGUCUUGAAUCGAAUGAUAUACAUGAUGAUAUUGGUAUUCUAUCUCCUAUUAUUAACAAUAAACAAUAA